AACUUUCAGUUGCUUUUGCCUCGUUAACAUUUUCAAGCAUCAGUAUCAUGGUUGUCGGUGUUCUUUCAGCAGGGCAAAAGGUCCUACUUGUGGGCAAUCCCUUGGCCCAAGCAGAAGAUUUGCAAAAGGCACAGCAGGAGUUGAAUAGUCAUGUAACGUCCUCUGGUGCUGUCGUUUUUGAGCAGUUGGAUAGAAUCCCGCACAUUCCCUUGGCAAAUUCUGUGUACAAUGCAGUGAUAUCGGGAGAUAUCCCUCCCAGUGCUUUCCCUCAUUCCGAUUCCGUCCUUGCCAAACUGUUGAAAUCCCUGUUACCGAACGGCUCCCUUCACAUUCGCGAACCCGUAUUAGUAGACUAUGCAGCUGCUGCCACGGCGACAGCUACAGAUGCUCUCCGGCUCCCGACUCGGACCACCAACGCCCUUCUGUCGGCACUGAAGCUGGCAGGAUUCGUAGAUGUAAAGGUUGUGUCUAGCGUUUCACUGGAUGAUGAAACUGUGGCCAGAUAUGUGUUGCAAUGUUGGGGUGUGCAACCGAACGAGGUGCAAGGAGUUGCAGAUUAUCUGAAAGGAAAGGUGCUUAUGGUUGAAGUGACAGCCCGCAAGCCAGCCUACGAGAUUGGAGCCGCGGCUGCAUUGCCAUUUGCGAGAAAAAAAAUUGUAUCGGUUGACAAUGGCCAGAAGGCCGCACCCAAAGCACCUGCCAAAGAGUCCGUAUGGAAGGUUUCAGCAAACGAUGAUGAUGACGAAGAUGAAGAGUUGGAAGAUGAAGAUGCGUUGCUUGAUGAUGAAGAUUUGAAAGCUCCAACCUUGAUUGUUCCGGACGAUUGCGAACCUGUUGGAGGGAAGAGAAAGGCAUGCAAAAAUUGCACUUGUGGCCGAGCGGAAAUGGAAGAAGAGCUGGCUGCUGAUGAGGAUCAAGCCAAGGUGGUGGUGGUAACACCAAAGAAGAAGAUUGCAACUGCUCCGGCAUCCUCUUGUGGAAACUGCUACUUGGGCGAUGCGUUCCGAUGCAGCAGCUGUCCAUACCUUGGGAUGCCUGCUUUCAAGCCAGGCGAAAAGGUGGUCCUGGCUGGAAACAUGUUGAAGGAUGAUGUUGAAUUGUAGGGAGCUGAAGGGAACUUAUGUUAUAUAUUUUCAUAUUUGUAUCAUCCAGAUUUGUAGUCUAAUCAAUUAUGCAGGGUUGUCAUGACAGAAAAGCUGACAGCCGUAUGAUUGUAUGCACGCCAGUAAACAGUAUCCAACAGAUAGCUAGCAAUAGGUGUCUUGCUUGUGUGCUAUCGACAACCUGCU